AUGUUACCAACAGAAGAACAUGAAUGUGCAAGCAGUGAGCUUAGCAAUAUGUUUGUGAAUGUAUUCAGUAAUACAUUAUCUACAGUGUUGAUGACGACGAGAUCAAAAAGCAGGCAGGUUCUAACAGGUAUUAUUUGUUAA